AUGAUGUUGAGGGUUCUUGGCAAGCAAGUCGUAUCGAACACGUUUCAAUGCCUCUCUACACCCCGCCUCCCAAACUGGCCGUGCUCAUCUUACAAAACAUCGUCGCUGUGCUUCCCGCUACGAAAACGCCAUGCCGGUGAGAUUUCUUCUCAAGCUCGUUCAUGGCCAGCUAGGCACGAUGAGCCUGAACACGCUGCGACAACGCGUCCUCUAUCCCUUCCCGCAGAUCCGCGUGUGGGGCUGUUGUCAAGGUUAGGGUCGUUGACAGCCUCUAUCUCACCAUACCCAACUCAUGAACUCGUCGCUGCGCUUCCCGAUUCAAAAACACCACGAUUUCUUCUCAAGUCUUCUAUCCAUCCCUGCACAUCCAAUUGUGUCCGCCACGAAAUUAACACCCAUGAAGUCACAUCCUUGAACAAAGCAUUCCUGCACUUUCGCAUGGUGUGUCCCUUGAAAACGAUGCGCGUCAAGACCCACUGA